AUGGCUCUAAAGUUGAAGUAUAAGGAUGAACACGGGGUCUUGCACAUCAACAUGAGUCCAUCCAGCAGUCCCACCGACUCGCAAGACAAGCAGGACAUUGCAGAUCCCAAGUUUGACACUAUCAAUAACAGAUUCGACCGCCAAUACGACUUAUUCGGCGGAAAAUACGAAGUGGAGGAACAACAGACAGAAGGCCAAUCGCUGUUCCGUAGCCGCUACAACAGCGUCGAAGAGGAACUAGCUAACACACCUUACGCCUUCGCCACCGAGCGCGUGCGCUUAAACAAUUUAGAUGUAACAAUAGAGUCGCGCGGCCUAGACGUCUCCCCGUCAAAAGAUUUAGAAGACGAUCGAUUCUUCAAUCGCAGUUACGAUGAUCUAUUCGGACCUGAAAUAGAUUCAGCAUUUACUGUCACGCAGUUGAUACACGCGCAGGAUCGAUAUUACGAUCUGUCGUCGAGACAGGGCAGUGUGGACUCGCCUAGAGUGAACAGUUUGAGUUUAGAAGUGAGUGCUAGGAAGCCAGAGUCGAAAGAUGGCGCUUUCAAAGUAUUGUCAAAGGAUACAGAAGUCAAAGCUCCUGUAAAAGCUGCGCAGGAGACGCCGCCGACUACGUAA